CUCAAAAAUUCCAUUCUUUGGAAAUUUAUUCCAAGUCCCUGUGCUAAGACCGUACCCCCAGUUCAGAGAAUGGGCUUUGAAGUACGGUCCCAUCUAUCACCUUCGACUCGGACCCCAGGAUGUCAUCGUCUUGAACACCGCCGAAGCUGCUGACGAGCUUUUUGUGAAUCGCAGCAAAUCCUUUUCCAGUCGUUCACCUCCACACGUUGCACAUGAUAUCAUGAGCGCAGGACAACGAUUGGUGUUUUUGCCUUAUGACAGGGAAUGGAAGGUCGCAAGAAAAAGUCUGCAUUCAUCCAUCGGGCCUACGGCGUCCAAGAAACUACGGCCAUCCCAGCAUCUUGAAUCAUGUGUCCUUCUGAACGACAUGCUCUCGCACGGCGACUACAGCGUCGCACAGAACCUCAAAGAAGGGUCCAACGGCGUUGUCCCCGAAGAGCACUGGUUCUCUUUGAUACGCCGAUACACAACCAGCAUCGUUAUGACGGUGACAUACGGCAAAAGAGCGCACAAGAUCUUGAACAAUCAUCGCUUACAUAAAAUUUAUGCAGUCCUGGCCAAUUUUACUACCGUCGGACAGCCAGGAAAUUACCUCGCAGAUGCAUUCCCCAUUCUCCGCAAGCUCCCUGACGUCCUCGCCCCAUGGCGAAUCAAGGGCCGGAAGAUGCAUGAAUGGGAAAUGGAACUAUGGGGUGGUCUCCUUGACGACAUACAAGCCGAUAUCAGCAAGGGCGACUCGGUACCCUGCUAUGUCGGUUCGUACCUCAAACAGCGCGCCGAAAACGGCCAUGCCGAGGCUCCAGGAUGCGGGCUCACUGAAGACGGCUGGCUCCGCGAUACGCUCCUUGCUUACACUGCAGCAACCGUCCUCGAAGCUGGGUCCGACACGACAGCCAGCACGAUGCAAUCUUUCAUCUUGUUCAUGCUCAGCCACCCAGCCGUCCUCGAGAAGGUCAGAGCGGAAAUAGACAGCGUCGUGGGCCCGGACCGGAUGCCGACAUUCGAUGACGAGCCCAACUUGCCAUACUUUGUUGCGUGUAUCAAGGAGACGCUGAGGAGGAGACCGCCGACGAUUAUGGGUAUUCCGCAUAGUGCGGAUGAGGAUGAAGUUUAUAAUGGGUGGUUUAUCCCCAAGGGGUCAACGGUCAUCGGAAAUGUAUGGGCUAUCCAUAUGGAUCCCGCACGUUACCCCAACCCCACCGCGUUCCAACCAGAGCGGUUCUACGUCCCCGGAAACCCCACACGCUGGGCGAGCGGACCGGAUCAGGACCGUGACCACUAUGUCUUUGGCUGGGGCCGCCGUUUCUGCCAGGGAAGCUACAUCGCUGAAGCCUCCCUCUUCAUCGUGCUCUCUCGCAUCCUUUGGGGUAUCGACUUCCAGGCUCCCAUCGACGAGAAGACUGGUAAACCGAUUAUCCCGGAUAUUGCGGAUGAUGAGCGGACGUUCUCAGAUGGGUUCGUGAGUAUACCAAAGUUGUAUAACAUAUCGUUCAAGCCGAGGUCGGAGAAGUGUGAGCGGAUCAUUAAAAAGGCGUGGGACGAGGCGCAGGCGGCUUGGGAGGAAACGGGGAUGAUGCCGGAUGAACGGUAGCGUUUGACUGGCAAGUUUGCACUUGGCUUAGCUUGUAUUUUACUGGACGUCUUAGAUCGUUGGCGAGAGUGCAUGUACUUAAUAGCAAUUGAGUCCCGACCUAUUUUCGUUCCGUUUCAGCACUUGAAUGCACU